CGUUGCCACUCUUGCCAUUCGAAUUCAAAUCUCCCAUUUCGGUCACAUGGACUCCCCGGCCGCCGCAACGCCGACGCCCCGCCGGAAGCCCCUCCAGCCGAGGAACUUCAAUCUCUCCACGACCGCCGGGCUCCAGCUGAAGCCCAAACCGAUCGCACUCCGGAUUCCUCCGCCGAUCAGAGGAAGCCCUGGCAAGGAGAACUGCCCGAUCUUGCCCCCGGAGCCGGAGCCCGAAGCGAGACCGCGGGAGGCUUCUCUGGCCGAGGAGCUUGCGGCGGUCCGGCUGAUGAGGGACCGGCUCCGGGCGGAUAGGGAGAAGACGGAGGAGGUGCUUCGGGAGAGGGACGCGGUGAUGCAGAGGUGGGCGGUGGAGCUGGAAAAGCGGGCCGAGGAGCAGCGCAACCUGGAGCUGGAGCUUCGCCUGCUGAUCAAGCUUCAGGACUUGAUAUCCUGUUCCAUGAUUCCGUCAUCCGUUCAAUCUCUAAGACAUCAAGAACAUCAACAGAGUGCGGAAGUGCAGUCGCAGAUGACUUCACCGGUUCGAUCUCUGAGAGAGAAAGAAAGGCAGAAGAGUAUGGAAGCGCAGUUGCAGGCACCACAAAGCGCAGAAGAGAAUAGCGAAGCGGACAAACCAUCAGCGACUCAGGAAAACGAGACGGAGUGGUAGCUUUUCUUCAUCAAUGUCACUCCCUCCUCAUUUUUCGCUAUUGUAGGUGGUGCCUUCGGAUGAAGGAAGUCAAAUUGCUUGUUUGCGCGCUCCUUUGUUGCCACUUUGGGUGUGUUUCUUUUUGGUGAUCAUCGAUGAUCAUCGUAUAUACGUCGCUCGUAUAAUUUACGACAACAUUUCCAUGGCAAUCGAUAUAGUUACCAUGAUAUCACUCGGUGCUCCCUUUACUCGCAGAAGACCGGUCUGCAUCGAUGGACAAAUAGUUCGUCGAAAGAUGACAGCAGCGUGAAGAAUUCUUCCUCUCGUUGAU